AUGCAGAAGCCAUUCAAGGAGGAACAUUCUCUUGACAAGAGGCGUGAGGUCGCCGACCGCAUCAGGGCCAAGUACCCCGACCGCAUUCCCGUGAUUGUGGAGAAAGCGCCCAAGAGCGAUGCCCCCGACAUCGACAAGAAGAAGUUCCUGGUGCCUGCCGACAUUACUGUGGGCAAGUUCGUGUACGAGAUCAGGAAGCACAUGAAGCUAAGCCCCGAGAAGGCCAUCUUCCUCUUUGUUAAUAACGUUCUGCCCCCUACUGCCGAACUCAUGUCGCACAUCUACGCCAAGUACAAGGACGAGGAUGGUUUCCUCUACAUCACCUACUCGGGCGAGAACACGUUCGGCCAGUAG